AAGCUGAUCAACCACCCGAUAUAGUCUUAGGUGUGACGAUGAAGAGAAUCAAAGAUCCGGCAGAUGGUUGUAUGGUGGUAUAUGAUCCUAGUAAAGGAAAAUAUAUGGUGGGUGAUUUUGAAAUUGAAGAUUCGGAUGAUGAAAUGGAAGCGACUCAGACGAGGAUCGAAGUUAAAGAAGAAGAUGAAGAUGCGAAUUUGUUGGAUUUGAUUGAUGAUUGAAACUUUGUUGUGAUCUUGAGCUUGGGUUCUUGAUGAAGACGAGUUUUGAGUAAGGGCAUUCAAGUAUCAUUUAAAUUGAACUUUUUCUUGGUCUUUGAAAAAGUCUUUGUAAAACAAUUUAAUUCAAAUCAUAAAACCCCAACCCAACAAGAAAAUAGGACCGAACUUUAUCUUGUUAUUCUUAUUGUCUUAUAUAUUUCGAAACAUGCGAACAAUCUUUAUGAUUCAUUUUUUUUUAAAAAAAAUCGUUGAACUCUUGUCGUUUUUUUUAUCUUAGUUUUGUAACUUUCUUCUUUUUUGUUUUUACCAAAAACAGAUGAAUUUUUUCCAAAAACUUUUGUUGUAGUAUUUGUCUUUCAUAAGUUUUUUUUAAACAAUAUAAAAAAAUUAAAGUAUUAUUUUUUUGAUUUUUUUUGUUUUAUUGAAAUCAUGUAAUUUGAUAUUAAAGAUUGAUUUCCUGAG